CCACUGCCCGCCGGCCCUUCCGCUUCACUCAGCGGCGCCAGGGAGCAGGACGGGCACCGGGGCCAUGGAGAGGACAGCGGGCAAAGAGUUGGCCCUGGUAAGAGGGAGCUGGGGAUCCUCAGAUCCCACGUCCCUAGCGUAACCCCAGAUUCAGAAACUCCAGGCAUCCACCCCUCGUUUUCUAACCUUUCUCCAAAAUGGAUGUGCCCUGGAGUCCUCAUUUGGGGAUUCAGAGUUCCUGACUCCGUGAAGCGGCUAGUUUGGGGGAUGGGGACGGGGGUCUGAGAAGUCUCAGGAGGAGGCGACAGAAAGAUUCUUUGUGACAUUGGACUCUGGGGUGUCCCCAAAUGAUACUCCAUCUGGGAGAAGGGUACCCGUGGCGAAGAGGGACCCACCUGGGAGCCCACCCCGAGUCUCGCCUACUAUGUUCGGGAAAGCGGGCCAAACAUAAAGUCAGGGGGCUAAGGCCGGUGGGACGUCCCUGAGCCCGCCUCCACGUCCAGGCACCACUACAGGACUGGGGAGAGGAGACCGAGGAUGGCGCCGUGUACAGCGUCUCCCUGCGGCGGCAGCGCAGCCAGCGCUCAACCCCAGAGGGGUCUGGAGACGGCCAGACCCCCAUCCCGGCUAUGGAUACCUUCCUUCAGUACCGUACCAGCAAGGUGCGAGCACUGAGGGCCGCCCGACUGGAGCGGCUGGUGCAUGAGUUGGUGUCCGGAGACCGCGAGCAGGAUCCUGGCUUUGUGCCUGCCUUCCUGGCCACCCACCGGGCCUUUGUGCCCACGGCCCGCGUUCUGGGCUUUCUGCUACCCCCGCCGCCGCCGCCGCCACCACCACCUGCUGGACAGCAAGAGGACAGAAGGACAGGAUCUGAACUUCAGCAAGAACCUGAGGGCUGUAGUUUCGGUACUGGGAUCUUGGCUGCGAGAUCAUCCUCAGGACUUCCGGGAUCCCCCUGAUCAUCAGAACCUGGGUGAUGUCCGAAUCUUUCUGGGCUGGGCAGCCCCAGGAGGGGCAGAAGUCAGGGAAGCAGAGAAACUUCUAGAAGAUUUCUUGAAGGAGGCUAAGGAAGAGCAGACAGAGGGGGAGCAGCGACUGGCUUGGGCAGGCCCUCCCUGGGCUGCCCAGUCUCCCAGAUCAGAGUUUGCAGAGGAUUACUCGGAAGAGGAAGGCCUCAGGUCAGAAGGCCCAGAGCUCCUGGACUUUAGCGUGGAUGAAGUGGCGGAGCAGCUGACUCUUAUGGAUGUGGAGCUCUUCCUGCGAGUGCGGUCCUGCGAGUGCCUGGGUUCCAUGUGGUCUCAGCGCGACCGGCCGGGAGCUGCCGGCAUCUCUCCCACAGUGCGCGCCACCGUGGCCCAGUUCAAUGCGGUGACCGGCUGUGUGCUGGGCUCGGUGCUCGCUGCGCCCGGCCUGGCGGCCUCGCAGAGGGCACAACGCAUUGAAAAAUGGAUUCGCAUCGCCCAGCGGUGCCGGGAACUACGAAAUUUCUCUUCCCUACGAGCGAUCCUGUCCGCCCUGCAGUCUAACCCUAUCUACAGGCUCAAGCGCAGCUGGGGAGCUGUGAGCAGGGAACCACUGUCUGUUUUCAGGAAACUGUCGCAGAUUUUUUCUGAUGAGGAUAACCAUCUCAGCAGCCGAGCGAUUCUUUCCCAGGAAGAGACCACUGAGGGACCCCAAGGUGAUGACUGCUCCCCAGGAAGUCUGCCGUCAAAACUGCCCCCAGGUCCUGUCCCCUACCUUGGCACCUUUCUCACAGACUUGGUUAUGCUGGAUACAGCCUUACCAGAUAUGUUGAAGGGAAAUCUCAUCAACUUUGAAAAGAGGAGGAAGGAGUGGGAGAUCCUGGCCCGAAUCCAGCAGCUACAGCAUCGAUGCCAGCACUACAGCCUGAGCCCCCGCCCGCCAAUCCUGGCUGCCCUUCGUGCCCAGCGCCAGCUCAGCGAGGAGCAGAGCUACCGAGUCUCCCGUGUUAUUGAGCCACCAGCUGCCUCCUGUCCCAGCUCCCCUCGUAUCCGGCGACGCAUCAGCCUGACAAAGCGUCUCAGUGCGAAGCUGUCCCGGGAGAAGAACCAGUCUCCUGGCGGGAGUCCCGGGGAUCCACCCUCACCUACCUCCAGUGUGUCUCCAGGGUCUCCCCCAGCCAGUCCUAGAAGCCAAGACCCUCCUCCUGGCAGUCCUCCAGCUUCACCAGGGCCUCAGAGCCCCAGCACCAAGCUGUCCCUGAGCAUGGAGCCACCAGGGCCCUGGCCCAUGACCUUGACCCCGAGCAGCUCUCGAACUCCCCUCCUUGGGCAGCAGACUUCAGAGGCCCGCGUCAUCCGCGUCAGCAUCAACAAUAACCAUGGGAAUCUCUAUCGGAGCAUCUUGCUUACUUGUCAGGAUAAAGCCCCCAGCGUGGUGCAAAGAGCCCUGGAGAAGCACAAUGUGCCCCAGCCCUGGGCCCGGGACUACCAGCUCCUCCAGGUCUUGCCUGGGGACAGAGGCCAGGUGUUGGUGGCAAGCAUCUUUAAUCGUAGCACUCAGGAGGCAGGAGGCAGAGGCAGGCCAGUUGCCGAGUUCGAGGCCAGCCUGGACUAUAGGGCAAGUUCCAGGACAGCCAGAGCUACACAGAAAAACUCUGUCUUGAAAAACAAACAAGGGCUGGAGAGAUGGCUCAGUGGUUAAGAGCACUGACUGCUCUUCCAGAGGUCCUGAGUUCAAAUUCCGGCAACCACAAGGUGGUUCACAAUCAUCUGUAAUGAGAUCCGAUGCCCUCUUUCGGUGUGUCUGAAGACAGCUACAGUGUAUUCAUAUCUAAUAAAUAAAUCUUUAAAAAUAUUUAAAAAAGAAAAACAAACAAACAAAAACCAUUCUUGAGUGGGGUAUAUUCAUGACACUGCACACGUGGAGGUCCGACAACAACUUGAGGAGUUCACUCUCUCCUUCUACCCUGUGGGCCCCGGAGCUCAAACGUAGCUUGUCAGGCUUGCAAUGAGCACUUUUACCCACUUAGCCAUCCCACGGGUCUGUACCGUGUUUGCUUUUUGCUUUUUUUUUCUUUCUUUCUUUCUGGUUUUUCCAAGACAGGGUUUCUCUGUGCAGCUUUUGCUGUCCUGGAAUUCUCUGUACUUUUGCUGUGUACUUUUGCUGGCCUAGAACUCAGAGAUCCACCUGCCUCUGUCUCCUGAGUGCUGGGAUUAAAGGCUUGCACCACCACCACCUGGCUUCUUACUGUGUUAAGCCGUGUAGAACCUCAGCCCAUUUGGUAACGCCACCACAUUCAGGCAGGUCCUCUGCCUCAGUUAGCCUAACCCAGGUAAUGGGCCCAACCAAGUUUGUCUCUGAAGUCAUUCUAGUAUUGAGUUACAACCUGCACCAACCAUCACUGCCCAGCUUGACUAGGGCUAGCAAAGCCACAAGUCAAUUCAGGCAGAAUGUUGAUGUACCAUGAAGUGUGUAAAAUGUCUGUGACUGGAUGGUCUUUCUGGGGUUGUGAGGCAGUGAUAUUAUCCAGGGUCAGAUAGGAAAAGAUGUAGAAAGCUUGUAGGUUUUGCUGUUCAGCCUCAGGCUGACCCAGCAGGCAACUGAAGGGGUUGGAAGAGAGAAUGAAUCUGUUUGGCUCAUCAUGAGGGCCCUGGGGUCACUUGAACUUGCACUGGGACAGGGCCAAAUGAUCUUGGAUUCAGAAGUGCAGGGUAGUCCAGGCUUGGUCAGAAAUUGGCAAGAGGUGGUGCUAUAAAGCGUGGUAUAAAGUAAGCAAGACACCAGCAAAGAAUUUAUGAGCCUGGUGGGAUGGCUCAAUGGUAAGAGCACACACUGUUCUAGCAGAGGACCCAGGUUUGGUUCCAGCACCCAUUUCAGGUAACUCAUGACCUGUAACUCUAGCUCCAGGGGCCUGACCCCCCUGACCUCUGUGGGCAUCUGCAGCCAUAUGCAUACACAUAUAUGCACAAUUAAAACAAUCAAAAUCAGAGCUGGAGCUAUGAUUCAGUUGUUAAAAGCACUGGCUGUUCUUUCAGAGGACUCAGGUUUGGUUUCCAGCCCCCACAUGGCAGCUCACAACCAUUUAUAACACCAGUUUCUGGGGAUUCAACACCCUCUUCUGGCCUCUGUGAGCACCAGGCAUGCACAUAGUACACAUACUUACAUACAUACAUAAUACAUACAUACAUACUUCCAUGCAUACAUAUACACAGGCAAAACACACAUUCACACUGUAGCUGUCUUCAGAUACACCAGAAGAGGGCACCAGAUCUCUUUACAGAUGGUUGUGAGCCACCAUGUGGUUGCCGGGAAUUGAACUCAUGACCUCUGGAAGAGCAGUCAGUGCUCUUAACCACUGAGCCAUCUCUCCAGCCCCACACAUUCACAUAAAAUAAAAAUGGAUAACAAUAAUAACUUAGAGAAUGUAUGAAGGCUGGGUGACGGCUCACUUGGUAGAGCAUUUGCUGUGCAAGCAUGGGAACCUGAGCUGGAGUUCCCAGAACCUAUGCAAUAAAGCUGGGUGUGGUGUUGUGGAUCCAUAAUCCCAGUGAGAGAGAGAGAGAGAGAGAGAGAGAGAGAGAGAGAGUGAGUCAGGCGAAUCCCUGAGCCUCACUGGCCAGCCCUACUUAAUGAGUUCCAGGCCAGUAAGGGGGCCCUGUCUUAAAAAAAAAAAACAAAAAAACAACCGGGCUGGAGAGAAGGCUCAUUGCUUGAGAGCACUCACCGCUCUUCCAGAGGUCCUGAGUUCAAUUCCCAGCAACCACAUGGUGUCUCACAACCAUCUGUAAUGGAUCUGGUGCCCUCUUCUGGUGUGUCUGAAGAUAAUGAACGUGUACUCAUAUACAUAAAAGUAAAUUUUUCUUAAAAAAUAAAACAAACAAAAAACCUAAAAAGUCACAGGAUCCUGAGGAACAACAUUUAAGACUUACAUGCACACACGGAGCAUGGGGGCACAGGCCUGUAAUCCCAGCAUUUAGGAGGCCAGGGCCAGCCUGGGCUACAGAGUGAAUUUAAGGCUAGUCUGAACAGUUUAGUAUGACCUGGUCUUAAAGAGAAAAAAAGAGCCAGGGGCAGUUGGGAGUGGUGACAGGGUCUGUAAUUCUAACCACCCAAGAGGCUGAGCAAGAAAUUCCAAGUUCAAAGCCUAGAGCAGGCAUGGUGACUCAAACCUGCAAUCCCAGCAUUUGGGAGAGUGAGGCAGGAGAAUUGUAAUGAGUCACAGGUUGGCCAGGACAACUUAGUGAGACCCUGUUUUAAAAGAAUACAAAUAGGUCCAGAGUGUAGUGCAGUUGCUCGAGAGCUCGGUUAACACCUGUGGAAACCUAACUCUGUCCCAGCAUACAAACCAGGUCUGGUGGUGACACCUUGUAAUCCCAACACUCAAGAGAUGAAGGCAGGAGAAUCAGGAGUUCAAGGUCACCUACAUAGAGAGGAGGAAGCCAGCCUAAGCUACAUAAGACCCUGUCACAAAAACUGUAACAAAAGUCACAAGAAAAAAAAGGGGGCUCCGGAUAUAGCUCAGUAAUAGGCUGCUCACCUUACAUAUCCAAGGCUAGCCCUUAGUGAGAGAGAGCUGUGAAUAUAGCUCAGUGGCAGUAUGUGCCUACCAUGUGUAAAGCUGGGUUCAGUGUCCAGUGCCAACUGUGCCUGUGUGUGUGCAUGUGUGUGUGUGUGUGUGUGUUAUUAUGCAUAUAAAUAUUCAUACAUACAAACACACACACUAUAUGGGUUACUUUUCUGUUGCUGUGAUAAACACCAUGAGUAAGGUAGCCUGUAGAAGGAAGUUUAUUUGGGCUCAUGGUUCCAAAGAGAAAAGCCCAUGACACUGAUGGCUCACAUCUUGAAUGGCAAGCACAAAGCAGUCCUUACUUGAGAUGGCACAUGGCUUUAAACUCUCCAAAGUCUGUCCCCAAUGAUGUACUUCUUUCAACAAAGCCAUACUUCCUAAGCCUCCCCAGGCAAUGCCACCAACUAGAGACCAUGUAUUCAAGAGCCCAAGACUGUGUGGAACAUCUCAAUUCAAACCCACAGCCCUACUCACUUGCACAAAGAACCCUUCGAGGUCGAGUGUGGAAGCCCUUAGCUUCCACAAGUGGAAGGCCUGUGGAAGUGAUCUGGAAUAAUUGUCCCAGCAGCCUGAGCUUGCCUGGGAAGUAGUUUGGGAGAGGUUGGGGUGUGGGGGAAGCCAUUUGAAUGGUAGAAGUUUGCCCAAGGAGCCCCCAGAAUUUGCAGGUCUUCCACUGUAGCCCCUGU